AUGGAAUUGCUUCAUGAAUCAGGUGGUGUGGUUGUUACCCAGAGGAAAUUUGCACUCAAGCUUCUCUCUGAGCUUGAUUGUGAGGAUGCUCAAUCUAUUUCGACUCCCUUGGAUCCAACUAUGAAGCUCACUUCAGAUUUUGGUACUCCUCUAGCUGAUCCGACCAUUUAUCGUCGCCUCAUUGGAAAGCUUAAUUUUUUAACCAAUAUGCGACCUGAUCUUUCCUUCACUGUUCAGACUUUGAGGCAGUAUAUGCAAUCUCUAUUACCUGUUUUGUUUAACUGGGAUACUGAUGUGAUUCUUCGAGUUAACAAAGAACCAAUCUACCAAGGAUUUUGA